CAGCGCCUCGCUGGGAGGAAACAGCACUCCGCUCUAACCAGCUCGCCGCUGCCAGCGAUGCAAUGCUUCUUUCCACACAUGAAGCCCGGGCAUAGGCAGCUCCUGAGUGCCGCGGUGAGCUCCAAGACACGCUGCCAUCCUCGUCCUCUGUGAUAAUUUGCGCUAAGCUUCAGUAGGGACCGUACGGGGGGAGCCAAGGUGGGCGGUGGAGACCGGACUCGGGGCUGUAUGUUUCGGAGAGGAAGCUGGAGCUAUGGCUCUGUCCUUCAGCCUUGGAUGAAGUGAACUAAGCUGGACUCACACGACUCAGCCAGCCUGCCCCUGCCUGCAGCAGGGGCUCCCCUCUCCCCAUCGCCCUCUCCAGCUAUGGCAGGCUUCAAGCGGGGCUAUGAUGGCAAGAUUGCUGGCCUGUAUGACCUGGACAAGACGCUGGGCCGCGGCCACUUUGCUGUGGUCAAGCUGGCGCGCCAUGUCUUCACUGGGGAGAAAGUGGCCGUGAAGGUGAUCGACAAGACUAAGCUGGACUCUGUGGCCACUGGCCACCUUUUCCAGGAAGUGCGCUGUAUGAAGCUGGUCCAGCACCCCAACAUAGUGCGCCUGUAUGAAGUGAUUGAUACUCAGACCAAGCUGUAUCUCAUCCUGGAGUUGGGUGAUGGAGGGGAUAUGUUUGACUACAUCAUGAAACAUGAGGAAGGUCUGAAUGAAGAGCUCGCCAAGAAAUAUUUUGCCCAGAUUGUCCACGCUAUCUCCUACUGCCAUCGGCUGCACGUGGUGCACAGGGACCUGAAGCCAGAGAAUGUGGUGUUUUUCGAGAAGCAGGGGCUGGUCAAGCUCACCGACUUUGGGUUCAGUAACAAGUUUCAACCGGGGAAGAAGCUGACGACCAGUUGUGGAUCUCUAGCGUACUCGGCACCGGAAAUCCUGCUGGGUGAUGAGUAUGAUGCUCCAGCCGUAGAUAUCUGGAGUCUAGGUGUGAUCCUCUUCAUGUUGGUAUGUGGCCAGCCACCGUUCCAGGAAGCUAACGACAGCGAGACACUCACCAUGAUCAUGGACUGUAAAUACACUGUACCAGCCCACGUCUCCAGUGCCUGCAAAGAUCUGAUAGACCGCAUGCUUCAGAGGGAUCCCAAGCGACGGGCUUCCCUGGAGGAGAUUGAGAGUCAUGCUUGGCUGCAAGGGGUGGAUCCCUCCCCAGCUACCAAGUACAACACUCCCCUUGUCUCCCACAAGAACCUGUCUGAGGAAGAACACAACAGCAUCAUCCAGCGCAUGGUGCUCGGAGACAUCGCCGACCGAGAGGCCAUAGUAGAAGCCCUGGAGACCAACAAAUACAACCACAUCACAGCUACAUACUACCUACUAGCAGAAAGGAUCCUGAGGGAGAAGCAGGAAAAAGAGGUGCAGACCCGCUCCUCCAGCCCCAGCAACAUCAAGGCACACUUCAGGCAGUCGUGGCCUACCAGAGUGGACAUGCACCAGGACAUAGAGGACAGCUUGGCAGCAUCCUCUAUCUCCCAUGCUGGGGGCCCCCAGUCCCCAGCCCGCAGUGCAGAAAACCUGCUCAAUGGACAUCGCUCCAAGGGCAUGAUGGAGCUGGGCCGACGCACUGAAACAGUGAGUGACUCUCCAGGACUGCAAGCACAGGGAGCCUGUGCUGCUACCUCGGGCCCUGCUCCAGGGUCUGCCUCUGGGACCGUCAGGGCCACACCAUCCACCUCAGCUGCAGCCAAGCAGAGAACCUGUCUGUUCAGGGUAGAGGAGGAUGAAGAGGAGGAGGAGGAGCAGGACCCGUCUCCCCUUCCAACCCAGGUGAUUCUGAGGCGUAAGCCCCCCUCCAUCACUAACCGCCUUACCUCCAGGAAGAGCGCCCCAGUGCUCAACCAGAUCUUUGAGGAGGAAGGGGAGUCAGAUGAUGACUUUGAGAUGGACGAGGGACUGCCGCCCAAACUCAGCCGUCUCAAGAUGAACAUGGCCGGGAAUGCUGCUAAUCUGGGCUCGGGCACAGGCUCCUCCUCAUCCCCGGGAGGUACGCAAAAGCGCUACCACAGACGCAAGAGCCAGGGGAGGGGGUCGUCAUGUUCGAGCUCUGAGACCAGCGAUGACGACUCCGAGAGCCACCGGAGGCGUCUGGAUAAAGACUCAGGUUUCAGUUACGGCUGGAACAGAAGGGACAGCAGCGAGGGGCCCCCCGGCAGCUCAGGGGGCAACGGGGGAGGCAGCAGCUCAGGGCAAAGUAAACCUCCUGGAGAGGGAGGGGGAACCUCUGGUCCUGACAGGGGGAGUCCUCCUGGAGGAGGUGGUAACGGAGGAGGGGGAGAUGGUGGCAGUGGAGGAGGGGGUGGAGGAGGAGGAGGAGGAGGGGGUAAUAAAGGAGAAGACAGCCCCUCCAGUUGUUGUAACAACAGUAGCACUACACACCCCUCCUCCACUGCCACCAUCUCCCCCUCCUCCGUUACCACCUCCUCCGGAGAGCUGAUGGAAAGUCUGAAGCUGAUGAGUCUGUGCCUCAGCUCCCGCCCCCAGGGGGGGCAGCACGGGGGGGGGGGAGGGGGACGGGGAGAGGGGGGAGGGGGGGGGUUCAUUAUUGACCCUGGUAGCCUCUCAGGAGAGAGCAUGAAGAUCCAGGAGAAAUCAGCCUGGAAGAUGUGCAUUGGCUCCACUGGGUGCCUGGACACGGUCACCCUCCCCACCACCACUGCCCUGCCUCGCUCUUACACUGCGCACCACCACCGCAAGACAGCGCAGCAUGGCCCCCCCGGCCUGCAGGUGGGGCCAGGCGGCAGGGUGGUCCACAGCAACCUGAGCACUUUGAAAAACGGAGUGCUUCAACUACCUCUGUGUGAGAAGACCAUCUCUGUGAACAUCCAGCGGGGAGGAGGCUCAAGAGACAGCUUGCUCUGCACCUCGGCUCCCGCCAGCUGCUGCCAGGUCAUCUGAAGCUCCGCCUUUCAGUCCCUCUGCGCGCUGGUUGAGUUUCAUCCCCUGACUGUCGCGGUGAGCUGGCUCACAUCAGCUCACCAUCAACACACCUGCCUUCUGCUGCUGUCCUCAACUUGUUUUUAACAUGUAUCAGUCUCUCUUUUAAUCCUUGUUUUGUGUCCCACAGAUGCCCCCUAGAUAAGUGGAACUGAUGUUUUUACAAUUUAAAAGGAUAGUUGUGAUGAAGUGGGGCUGAAUGAGGCACUUCUCAAUAGUAAGUGUAUCACUAACAGUUGAUGUCAUUCAGCAUGCUCCCUGUUCAGAGAAGCAGACAGGAUUAAAGCCAUGGAAGUUCAGCUCUGUGAUGCUGUGGACAGGGGUUUGCAGCAAAAUGUAUUUUUACUGUUUGAAAAAAAGUUCUGCUUAAAAAUAUGGACAAUAUUUUCUCUGUUUUACCUAAACGUCAGUCAGCCCUUUGCUUUGGCGCCAUUUUUUCUCAACCACAGAACCAACUGUGCCUGCACUUUAUUACACUGCAGGUCAGGAGUGGAGUUAGAAAAUGCUAUCACACAAUCCGACUGAAAUAAAACUUCACUUUUCUAAAGAUAUCAACGAUAGUGCUUGUUUUUAUUAUUCAGGGCUGUUCAUGGCAGCUGUGGCCAGUUACACUGAAUAUAAACAUGAACACUCCACCUGACAGACUUUGCAGUGAACAUUUCUCUCAGCAGGGUUACAUAAAAGCACUGCAAAUGACAGAGAGACAUAUGCUGAAGAGCACACAACCCUAAAUGCCCAGCUAUGAAAAAAUAAUUCAUAACUACAAAUAAAUGAAAGGACUCAACAAACAGCCAGGAAAGUUGGAGCACUGGCAUCAUCUUUCAUAUCCUGACACAGUGUUGUCACAAACUCAUGGCAGCAGCUCUCUUUGUCUGUGUGCUCAUUCUUAGCUUUCUGUAUCUACAGAAACUUCCCCCUCUCUGUCUUUCUCAGCCCAUUCAGUCUUCCUCUGCAGAAGUCCUUCUCUGUGUCUUCCAGUUUACAAGGUAUCCUUUUGUCUCUAUGGUGAACAGCAUUUAGUUAAAGCCAACCAAAAUGCUGGUAACAUCCAUUAGUGCCUGUCUGAUGGCAAGGUACAGUGGUAAAAAUAUUCUAAAUAUAGCGUCCAUUUAAAUUGAUAUUGAUUUUUUUCAUGCAGGUCUUAAUUGGCUAAAAUAGGUUUUGCUGCUGACCUCCAUCCACCUGUCUGCUUCUCCAAACAGGGAGCGUGUCAAGUGACAUCCGCUGCAGGUAAUACACUGACCAUAGAUACUUACCUCAUACAGCCCACUUCAAAAAUAUCCCAGAACAAUAUGCUGUUUUGAGACCAUAUGAAAAUGAUGAAGGUUUGAUGGUUACUGGACAUGGUAUGGAAAACAUAACAGUAAAAGUACUGUACAGUAGCUGUACUGUGAAGAGAAAAAAAUGUCAGCAAGAAAAGUCAUUUUAUGUAAUGUUAUGAGCAUAACGUCAAUAUUUUGGGGGAAAAAGGUCAAUAUAAGAACAAAAUAGUAAUUUAUAAAUUAUAAAAUUAUAAAGUUAAUUUUAAAAAGAGCAUAAUUUUACAGAACAUUUUUAACUUGGUCACAAUUGUACCAAAAAACAUAUAUUGAGGCUAAGUUGUACAACACGAAUUCCAAAAAAAGGUUGGAUGCUGUGUAAAACAUUAAUAAAAACAGAAUUCUGAUUUGUCAAUCCCCUUUGACCUAUAUUAGCACCACCUGCACUACAACUGUAUGCUCUGCUACCAGCACGUGAUCAAAACCAACAUGCUUAACAGCCACCUGUCUAAUGUCUAUACCCUAACAUGUUGGAUAUGAUGGUCAUCAUGAAAUCAUGAAAAGAAACUGAAUGCAUUGAUUUGUGAAUCUCUUUUGACCUAUAUUCAGUUGAAUACAAUCCAAAGACAAUAUAUUUUGUGUUCAAAUUGAUACACUUUAUUGUUUUUCGUAAAUAAACACUUGUUCUGAACUUGAUGCCUGCAACAUGUUCCAAAAAGGUGGGACAGGAACAUGUUCACCACUUUGAAAGUGAAAUGUUUUCCCAUUCAUGCUUGAUAUGUGACUUCAGUUGUUUAACAGUUGUCGGGCUUUGCUCUUCAUAAUGCUCAACACAGUGGGAGUCAGGUUUGGACUGCAGCAGGUCAGUCUAGUAGCUGCACUAUUUUACUAUGAAGCCACGCUGUUGGAACAUGUGCAUAAUGAAGAAGAUGGAUUUUUUCACCUGUGAGUAUCCUUGCUUGUCAACAACUUCCCCUUUCGAACCCACUUAUGAUUCUUUCACCUGUUAUCAAUUAACCUGCUGAUGUGUGGAAUGUUUCAAACAGGCCUUUUAAGAGCAUUCCACAACUUUCCCAGUCUUUUGUUGCUCCUUUUCCAACUUUUUUGGAAAGUGAUGCUGGCCAGAAAUUCAG